UGUCAAACUUCAACGCGGUCGUUGUCACGCACACAAACACAAAAUCACACACACACACCAAUAGAAAAUUGGGAUUGUGAGUUUACUUUUAUUCUUCUUCCUUUAUUUUUACCUGAAAAUACGUUCAUUUUGAGGCAAUUUUACAAGGAAUAGGAAUUAAAUAAAUCCAUGGCUCAGUAUAUGAAGCAGGGCGCUUUAGCACUCCAUGGCACGAAGAAAUUCGGGAAAUUUGACAAAGGACUUGCAAAACAACUCCCGGAAGCUUAUAAGAAGUUCUGGCGUGAAUGGCGAGAGACGGAACCUACGGCUGUGCACUACAUCCGGAAAGAGGGUAAAUUCGAAAGGGAUGAGGUAACUGGUGUCGUGACUCCCGUGCAAAAUAUCCCAAUACCCUUCAAGUAUCCCAAAGAAUUCGACGAGGGUAUCUGGGGUGGUGAAAUGGUUAUCCAGGGAUUUGUGAAGCGCAAUCCCACAAAAAGGAGAAUCCCCCACUUCUGGAUGCCUCGCCUGAGGCGUAUGGUACUCCGGAGUGAGGUGUUGGACAUGUACAUGGCAGUUGUGGUGACAAAACGCACGAUGGAUCUCAUCCAUUCAAGUCAUGGCUUUGACCACUAUCUCCUGAAGACACCAGCAUGCGAUCUUGGGUCGAAUCUCUCUCUGGCCAUCAAAAGAAAGCUCCUACAUGAGCUCCAAGCUGGCUGCCCAAACCUGGCGAGCAAUCCAACGCGCCAACGUGAGAUUCUUGAAGAGUACUCACAGUAUCUGGAGCAGUACACGCCGGAAGAGAUUGAGUGGUAUGGAUUGACAUUCACGGAAGCUAUUGAGAAGUUACAAAAAUCCAUAGAUGAUGCCAAUCCCAUUGUUCCGCACAAAGUCAUCUUCCGUGCUAAGCUAAUCGAGCAACUCCGGAAGGCGGAGGAGAAGAUUAUUAGUCAGGAAGAACCUCCAGUUCCCAUCGAGGAGAGCACAUCGUGGCUCUCGAAAGUCAAUCCAUUCGGUAAGAAGAGGGAGACAUAGAACUACACACGGGGGGUGCUUAGAGACUGUUUAUUGGUUAUUAGAAAUAAAUCAACGAGUCGAAAGAAUCACAAA